CAGACAGUGGUGAGCUGUGUUAGCGACGGCGAGCUACGCAUAGCUACGCUUGCUAGCUAGCUACAGGCGUUUAAAGUGACAGCUAGCUAAGCCAUAGCUAAUAAUUUGUUUUCGUAUGUCGACAUUCCGUGGGGAAACGUUAAGCGAUCAAAAUCAUCAGAAAAAAUGCGCAUCGUUUAUAAUUCCCCUUCCGUUUUGCGGGGCUUUCUGAUUAUUGUUGGAAGCUUGCAUAGCGUCUCAAGUUUUUAUCUGCCUGGUUUGGCUCCUGUCAGUUUCUGUGAACAAGGUCAAGCUGGGAAAGAGCAAGAUGUACCAGACUGCAGGUCUGAAAUUGAGCUGUUUGUGAACCGGUUGGAUUCCGUGGAGUCAGUCCUGCCCUAUGAAUACACAGCGUUUGAUUUCUGCUCCAUAGAAUCUGAGAAACGACCCUCUGAAAAUUUGGGUCAAGUGUUAUUUGGUGAGCGAAUUGAGCCGUCUCCAUAUAAGUUUCAAUUUAAGAAGAAAGAAGAAUGUAAACAUGUCUGCACUAAAACCUACGAUACAAAUAAACAAGAGGAUAAAGCGAAGCUGGACUUCUUGAAAAAAGGGAUGCUGCUGAACUAUCAGCAUCAUUGGAUUGUGGAUAACAUGCCAGUGACCUGGUGCUAUGACGUGGAGGAUGGACAGAAGUUCUGCAAUCCUGGCUUUCCCAUAGGGUGCUAUGUUACCGAGGGAGGACGACCCAAAGAUGCCUGCGUUGUCAACUCUGAUUUCAAUGACAAAGACACGUUCUACAUCUUCAACCAUGUCGAUAUCACCGUCUAUUACCAUGUGGUGGAGAAUGAGGCUGCAGGGGCCAGACUGGUGGCUGCUAAAAUGGAGCCCAAAAGCUUCAAGCAUACAAAGGUGGACAGUCCAGACUGUACUGGCCCUCCCAUGGACUUAAACAACAAAUUCUCUGGCGAGCUCAAAAUUCCCUACACCUAUUCUGUACAGUUUUUAGAGGAUCCAAAUAUUCGAUGGGCCUCGCGCUGGGACUACAUCCUGGAGUCCAUGCCUCACACCAACAUUCAGUGGUUCAGCAUCAUGAACUCCCUGGUGAUCGUCCUUUUCCUCUCCGGCAUGGUGGCCAUGAUAAUGCUGAGGACACUGCACAAAGACAUCGCCCGCUACAACCAGAUGGACUCAGUUGAGGACGCCCAGGAGGAAUUCGGAUGGAAGCUGGUGCACGGAGACGUCUUCAGGCCACCGAGGAAGGGCAUGCUGCUCUCCGUCUUCCUAGGAUCGGGCACGCAGAUCUUCAUCAUGACCUUCGUCACCCUCUUCUUCGCCUGCCUGGGAUUCCUGUCGCCGGCGAACCGCGGGGCCCUGAUGACGUGCGCCGUGGUGCUGUGGGUUCUGCUGGGGACUCCAGCAGGUUACGUGGCUGCCAGAUUCUACAAGUCCUUUGGUGGUGAAAAAUGGAAAACAAAUGUUCUGCUGACAGCUUUCUUGUGCCCGGGGAUAGUGUUUGCUGACUUCUUUGUCAUGAACCUGAUCCUCUGGGGAGAGGGCUCCUCAGCGGCCAUGCCUUUUGGGACACUGGUUGCCAUCUUGGCUCUGUGGUUCUGCAUCUCCGUGCCCCUCACCUUCAUAGGCGCCUACUUUGGCUUCAAGAAAAGCGGGAUUGAGCAUCCAGUCCGCACAAACCAGAUCCCUCGGCAGAUCCCAGAGCAGUCCUUCUAUACCAGGCCUCUGCCCGGCAUUGUCAUGGGAGGAAUCCUUCCUUUCGGCUGCAUCUUCAUCCAGCUCUUCUUCAUCCUCAACAGCAUCUGGUCUCACCAAAUGUACUACAUGUUUGGAUUUCUCUUCCUGGUGUUUAUCAUCCUGGUUAUCACAUGUUCCGAGGCCACCAUCCUCCUGUGUUACUUCCACCUGUGUGCAGAAGAUUAUCACUGGCAGUGGCGGUCCUUCCUGACCAGCGGCUUCACCGCCGUGUACUUCCUGGUUUACGCCGUACACUAUUUCUUCUCCAAACUCCAAAUCACCGGACUGGCCAGCACCAUUCUUUACUUUGGUUACACAAUGAUCAUGGCUUUAAUAUUCUUCCUCUUUACGGGCACAAUUGGAUUCUUUGCCUGUUUUUGGUUUGUUACGAAGAUCUACAGUGUGGUGAAAGUGGACUGACGGACUUACCACAGCAAGCUGAACUUUUCCACUUUGGGAUUCUUUGGAUGGAGGAGGGUCCUUUUUUCUGGACGUCCUUGUGUUAGAUAAAAAUUCCGUUAAAAAAUGCCCAAGUACAACAUGAAUCCAGCUUUUGUACACAGUGAGUGGUGCAAACCGCUAUUAGGAGAAAUGGAUUGCAAGUAAAAUGGCAUAUCACUGAACGCUGUUGCUAUAAAUACAUUUCACUGAAAUCGUAUUGCAUACAUUUUAUUAACAUGAAGUGAAGUUACCCUGCAAAUCUGUGGGCUAAGGUAGUGCACAUGUAUUAUUAAAACAUUACGGUGACAUUAAUGUGAUUGUAAAUAACGUUUUCUAAUGCUGAGGGGGGAGGUAAAUGUGAUAUUUGUGUGAAAGGGAUUCCAUUUGAUUGUAGAAAGACUGAGGCGUUCUUUGUGUUUUUUUUUUUUUUGUUCUUUUUUUGUAUGAGGAACAUGAGACAUACUGCACUGUUACUCAGCCUGGCUUCUUUUUAUUUAACUUAUUUUUGUUUUGUUUUCAUGUUUGGCCUCUACGCACGUUGUGCCUCAUGAGUAGACAACCAUGUACAUUUCCAAUAAUAAAUGUUGUACAACUGGUCACAUUUGUUCACUGAAGCA